CCGCGCUCUGGCGCCGGGCGGGCGGGGGCCGGCGGGGCCCGGAAGGCAAAGGGAAGGAGCCGGGCAGGGCCAUGGCGGCGCCCAGCGCGCUGCUGGUGAUGGGCGUGAGCGGCUCUGGAAAAUCGACCGUGGGUGCCCUGCUAGCAUCCGAGCUUGGAUGGAAAUUCUAUGAUGCAGAUGACUAUCACCCAAAGGAAAAUCGAUUGAAGAUGGAGAAAGGGAUACCGCUGAAUGACCAGGACAGGAUUCCAUGGCUUUGCAACUUGCAUGACAUUUUACUAAGAGAAGUAGCCUUAGGACAGCAUGUGGUUCUAGCCUGUUCAGCCUUGAAGAAAACAUACAGAGACAUCUUAAUUCGAGGAAAAGUUGGUGCACCUCUGCACUAUGGGGAGUCAAGAAAGGAAGAAAAGCCGACUGAGGUGCAGCUCCUGGUGAUCCAUCUGAGCGGGUCGUUUGAGGUCAUCUCUGGACGCUUACUCCAAAGAAAAGAACACUUUAUGCCCCCUUCAUUAUUACAGUCCCAAUUUGAUACUCUGGAACCCCCAUCGCCUCCAGAAAACUUUAUCCAAAUCAGCGUAGACAAAAAUCUUUCAGAGAUCAUUGCUGUAAUCAUGGAAACGCUGAAAAUCAAAUGAGAAUCAUUUUACAUCAGUGGUCCAGAACAGAAUCAAUCAUAGAUCUUCACGCCAUUCCAAAUUUUGUUCCAGUCUCUUCAUCCAUACUGUACUCUAAAUUAUUUUUAAGGUUGAACCAAACAUACUGUCAAGAUACACAUUUAUAUUUGUAGGAAUUUGUGAUGUGUUUGGCAUCAUGGGCUGUCACGUAGGGAGAAAAGGAAAGGAACUUUAAAAAUCAAGCUUAAAGUUUAAAUGAUGCCAUCAAAUGAUCAGAGAAAAUUCUGUAAUUGAUGCUAGAAAUCAUUACUCUGUUUAGAACAUUUUCACUAAUGCCUAUAUUUUACAAUAAAUGAAACUUGACAAUC